AUGAAUUCGAUCAAGCAAGCCUGUGCUAGGAUUGUGAUGCCAAGGUUCAAAGUUCAAACAGCAAACUUUCUCAUAGCUAAGCAUUCAAGAAAUCUUUUAUGCCAUGCUUGUCAACUUCCGAGUCUAUGGACCGGUUCCAAUCCCCGACUUAGGCGGAAGGUUUCUCUUUCCGACUCCUGUUCUAGCAGAAGCAAUUGGAAUAAUACUGAUGGAGACCAUGAUCUCGAAAUUGUAGAUUUUGAAGAUGAGGAUUAUGAUGACGAUAAAGACAAGGAAGAGGAGGAGGAAGAACAUAAUAAUGAAGAAGAUGAUGAUAUUGCUAAUAAUCAAGUUGUGCCUUCGUCUUCAACAUGUCUGCCUCCACCUUUGGCUUCAAGUUCUUUCAGUAGUGAAGAGUCUUUUACUGGAUAG